AGCAGAUCUGCAGAGACGCGGAGGUGAAGAGUCAGAAGUGAAGAUGAUGAAGAUGAAGAUGUGUGUGACUGCAGGUCUGCUGUUCCUCAUGUGUGUGUGUCUAAAAGAGCACAUGCUGGAGGCUUGUAGCUGUGGUCCCGCGCAUCCACAAGAGCUCUUCUGCCAUGCUGACGUAGUGUUUAAAGCUAGGGUACUUAGCAUGAAACUCAUCAAAAGCAUGUACCCGGGAGAAGGAUACUUUAAGUUCAACAUCAAUAUAACCAAGAUGUACAAGGGGUUUGAGCAUGCCGGAAUCAAGCAUUUCUUCACUCCUGAAGAUGAAGGAAUGUGUGGCAUCAGUCUGACCCGUAGCGUGUAUCUGUUCUCAGGGAAGCUCGUCUCCAGACACGAAGGACAUGCCAAGAAAAGUCUGACUGUUGAUCUGUGUGACAUCGUGAAGCAUUGGAGCAGACUCUCCAAAACUGAGAAAAAGAUCCUCAGUGUACACCGGAAAGCCUGUAACUGUCAGGUUAGUCACUGCUAUAUAGAGCCCUGUGAUGAAAACAAGUGCUACUUGAGAGACAUCUAUGAUCCAGACGAGGGCUCACAGUCGAUCUGCAUGGCCAACAGCACCGGCUCCUGCAGAUGGAUCAAUGCAUAAUAAUGCUGAAGAGCAACGGGGAAAAUGAGUGUGUGUGAGGCGAUUCGCUGUGGAGAUAGUGGCUUUUAACAGUGCUUAAAAUGCUUUAUAUGUGUCAGCUUUAUGAAUGUUAAAAUGAGCACAAGAGUUUUAUAAAGCUUUGCAAUGCAGUAGAAAAUACACACAUGAAAAGCUUUGCAUGAAAAAAAAAGUGUGUGUUUGUUUUAAAGAGAAAUGCAUGUUAAUAAACACAUACAUUCGGUG